AGGCUGUUCCUGUGGGAUGAGCGCCUGGCCGUGAGGGCCGGGCCGUCACGUGCUCCUGACAACUGGGGAGGGGGUGGCCCGAGACAAUGUGGUCUCCGGGCCGCCAGUGCCGGGAGCUGCUGCGCUGAGGCCCCCCGACUGCCGUCCCCAGGCCGCCCCCUCGGAUACCGGGCCCCCACCCCACCAUGUUCUCCAGGAAGAAGCGGGAGCUCAUGAAAACCCCUUCCAUCUCCAAAAAGAACCGGGCGGGAAGCCCCAGCCCGCAGCAGCUCUCAGGGGAGCUGCCCAAGAGAGAUGGGGCCGACGCGGUGUCUCUUGGAUCCAGCCUAGAGCCACCCAGUUUGGCCUCGAACAUCAAGGCCACGGGCACGCUCAAGCGGCCCACCAGCCUGAGCCGCCAUGCCAGCGCUGCCGGCUUCCCGCUGUCUGGUACCAGUACUUGGACACUGGGCCGGGGCCACCGUAGCCCACUGUCAGUGGCCAGCCCCGAGGUGCCCGUGGAGGGUCUCAGUCUUGAUGCCGCCGAGGACAUCUCCCAGCUGCUGGCGGACGUCUCCCGCUUUGCCAAGGGCCUUGACAACCUCAAGGAGUGUGUUUUGCAAGACGCAGACCUCCUUGAGGCGCGGGGGCCCAUGGCCCAUGAGCGUCUAUACGAUGCCCUACGAGUGUUCCGCCAGCUUAUCGGCAAGUAUCCACUGCUGAACACCAUGGAGACACUCACAGCCGCUGGCAACCUCAUGGCCAGGGUCAGAGGCUUCCAUUACGAGUGCAACAAUGAGUUGGACAAGCAGGAGUUUGAGAAAGCCUUGGAAACUCUUGCUGUCACCUUCAGCAGCACGGUGUCUGAGUUCCUCAUGGGUGAAGUGGACAGCAGCACCCUCUUGUCAGUGCCCCCCGGGGACCCCAGCCAGUCCAUGGAGAACCUGUACGGACAGGGGGGUGAGAGUGCCCAGGCCAGCGCUGAGGACUGUGAUGCGGGCUGCCCACCGCCCGAGGAGGUGGACAUGCUGCUGCAGCGCUGUGAGGGGGGUGUGGACGCCGCGCUGCAGUACGCCAAGAACAUGGCCAAGUACAUGAAGGACCUCAUCGGCUACCUGGAGAAGCGCACGGUGCUGGAGAUGGAGUUUGCCAAAGGCGUGCAGAAGAUCGCCCACAGUUGCCGACAGAGCGUCUUGCAGGAGCCCCACAUGCCCCUCCUGUCCAUCUACUCACUGGCCCUGGAGCAGGACCUGGAGUUUGGCCAUAAUUUGGCGCAGGCCGUGAGCACACUACAGACCCAGACCUUCAUACAGCCUCUGAACCUGCGGCGAAUGGAGCAUGAGAAGCGCAGGAAGGAGAUCAAGGAGAUGUGGCACCGAGCCCAGAGGAAGCUGCAAGAUGCAGAGACCAACCUGCGCAAGGCCAAACAGACCUACAUUCAGCGCUGUGAUGAACAUGACAAGGCCCGCCUCAUGGUGGCCAGGGCUGAGGAAGAACAGCCCGGCGCUGGGCCUGGGGCUGGGGGUUCUGCAUCCAAGACCCUGGAUAAGCGGCGACGCGUGGAGGAGGAAGCCAAGAACAAGGCAGAGGAAUCCAUGGCCACGUACCGCACCUGCAUAGCAGAUGCGAAGACACAGAAGCAGGAGCUGGAGGACACCAAGGUGACCACUCUGCGGCAGAUCCAGGAGGUCAUCCGGCAGAGCGACAUGACCAUCAAGUCGGUCACCAUCUCCUACCACCAGAUGAUGCACAUGCAGACGACGCCGCUCCCUGUGCACUUCCAGAAUCUGUGCGAGAGCAGCAAGCUGUACGACCCGGGCCAGCAGUACGCCUCCUAUGUGCGCCAGCUGCAGCGCGAGGAGGAGCCAGAAGUGCAGUACGACUUUGAGCCCCAUGUCUCGGCCAUCACUUGGUCUCCAGUCAUGCGUGUCCGCAAGGGCAGCUUCAAUGGAGGUGACGGUGUGGGGUCAGAGGCCAUCAGCAGCCCCCCAGCAGAAGGGGCACUUGCCAAGGAGGACAGUGGUGGGCACGGACAGCAGGUGCACAAGUCAAGGCCAGUCUCCAUGUCAGAGUGUGACGGCAGCCUGGACCCCGCCUCUGGCUCAGGGGACUUUAAGCAGCUAGAGCGGACCUCAUCCCCUGGCACCCUGUCCUUCAGUGAGGAGCUUGCAGUCCAGGAGAGCAGUGCAGGGGCGUCAGCCUUAGAGCAAACUGACCUCAAUGGCAUGGCUCCCGAGCUGCCAGUGACCAUGCCCAACAGGCCCUUCCGGAACAUAGGGCUGUCCAAGGCGGCCCGCACCCACCGGCUCCGCAAGCUCCGCACACCGGCCAAGUGCCGGGAAUGCAACAGCUACGUGUACUUCCAGGGCGCUGAGUGCGAGGAGUGCUGCCUGGCCUGUCACAAGAAGUGUCUGGAGACGCUGGCCAUCCAGUGUGGCCACAAGAAGCUGCAGGGGCGCCUGCAGCUCUUCGGCCAGGACUUUGGCCAGGCAGCCCGCGGGAGCCCCGACCUCAUACCCUUCGUGAUCAAGAAGUGCAUCAGUGAGAUCGAGCGGCGCGCUAUGCGCACUAAGGGCAUUUACCGGGUGAACGGGGUGAAGACGCGUGUGGAGAAGCUGUGCCAGGCCUUCGAAAACGGCAAGGAGCUAGUGGAGCUGUCCCAGGCCCCGCCCCAUGACAUCAGCAACGUCCUCAAACUCUACCUGCGCCAGCUGCCAGAGCCGCUCAUCUCCUUCCGCUUCUACCACGAGCUGGUGGGGCUGGCCAAGGACCAUCUGAAGGCUGAGGCUGAAGCCAAGGCAGCGUCCCGGGGUCGGCCGGACGUCGCCGCGAGCGAGGCAGCGUCCAUCGCCAUGGCGGGCCGGCUGCGGGACCUCCUGAGGGAACUGCCGCCCGAGAACCGGGCCACGCUGCAGUACCUGCUGCGGCACCUGCGCAGGAUUGUGGAGGUGGAGCAGGACAACAAGAUGACUCCGGGGAACCUGGGUAUCGUGUUUGGGCCCACACUGCUGCGGCCGCGGCCCACGGAAGCCACCGUGUCCCUCUCCUCCCUGGUUGACUAUCCCCACCAGGCUUGCAUUGUGGAGACCCUCAUCUCCCACUACAGUCUGGUCUUUGAGGAGGAGCCAGACGAGGUGCCUGCGGGCCAGGAUGGAAUAUCCAGCCAGCAGGCUGAAGAGGUCGAGCAAAUGCCAUACCUCGGGGCAUGUGAGGAGGCUGAGGAUGGAGGCCAAGAAUCGCACCUUGCCUCAAAUGACUCUGACUCGGAGCUGGAGGAAGUAGAUCCGCUGUCAUCAUCUGUGGGUGGGAGUGCCCUGCCCUGCCUCGGCCUCUUGGAGAAACAGGGCCGUGAAGCCAAUAUGGUGGAGUCUGCGGACAGCCUUAACCUCAGCUGCAACGAAGAGCAGCUAAGGGCUGCAGCUGGGGAGGUGGGGGUCAGGCCAGGGCUCUAGGGGGCUGUCCAGGUAUAGCACCAACGGUGCAGCAAUACGGCCCCAGUCUGAAUCCCUGGUGUGAGUGUUCAUGGCAAGUGGGUGGCAGAGGGCACUGGCCAGAUAUGGCCAGUUUUUCUAACAGGGGUUCAGUUUGGCACACUGUCCCUGUGGACACCCCUGAACCUGGCCACACUGUCCUGUGUUCUUUGCUCAGAACACCUGGGUUGUGCCAGUCUGUCGCUGGUCUUCUCCUUCCUGCACUGUGUCAUGGCCACUGUUGGCCACCUUUCUAGAAGCUGACUGGCCCUUACCCUGGCUCAGGUCUGGUCACCUAGGCGUGACCUCUUGCUGGACUCUGAAACCAGGAGUGUGCAUGCUGGAAACCAGACAGUGGCCUCAGGAUCCUUUAGCAUUUCCAGAAAGCCGGGUUGGACCUGGGCUUUAGGUACAUGGUGCAGUAUCUCAGGUUAAGAGACAGUUCUUUGAGGUAAAUUCUCUUUUGCUUAAAAUAAAGUCUUUGCUCUAAGCCUGUCUUCUCUGGCAGUAGCAGGGGACAGGGAUGCAGAAGACUUUAGCAGCUUCCCCAAUUUCCACAUGAGCCUGGCGACCAUUGAGGCAGGCUGUUGUGAGGACACUUAGCUGUCAAAUAGCCCCUGCACACAGCUUCUAGCUCUGUUGUCUGUUAAGGCAGCACCCAGUCCCAUGUGGCUGUGGAGUGCCUGAGUGGCCGGUGUGCCUGAGGAACAUGUUUCUAUUUCAUUUCAUUUUUUUCCAGAAUGAGGCACCCUGGAGGCAGUGGCCUCCAUCUAAGAUAGCGCUUCAAGUGCUUAGAGCCAGGCGAGGAUGCUCCCCAACUCCUGCUGCUGACCCCCGCCCCCCAUCACAGGCGCACAUCAGGCUUACCCUGGAGGGCAGUGACAGCUCAGCCAAGCGGGCCCAACUUGUCACUUUAUGCAGAAUUGACAGGGGACUCCCACCCGGUCCUGAGGCGCGCAGCCAGGGAGAGGAAGGCCAGGCCUUCCUGGUACAGAACAGCUCCUGAACCCUGCAGCCAACACUGGGCUUAGAUAAGCAGAGGCUUUGACAGCAAAAAGCAGAACAGCUCAACCUGGCUGCUACCGUGGUGGCUCUAAGAGGGAUGAAAAGACCACUGGGCUAGUAACAACAGCCCCAUCUGUUUCGCAGAAAGAUUCAUGGGCGCAGAAUCAUGCCUAAUUCCCAUGGCUUCACAGGUAGAAGCAUCUUCAGGUACGAUUUGACCUGGCUGAUAGGUGUCAGGGUGGCCAGUGGGCCAUGUAAACGCCAGCCCCCGCUGACCCCACACAGCUGUCAGGGGCCCUUCUUCCAGAAGCCCCAAGGCCGGCAUCAGAGCAAUAGCCAUUGCCGACCAAGCUCAGGGACGUGGGGUUGGCUGCGAGUGGCAGCACAGGCAGGUCUUAAGGCGUCUUGAGAUGGAUUCCCAGAGCACAGCCAGGUGCUGCUAGGAGGGCGCAGAGGUGGGGCAAUAACAGAGUUUUUUACAAAGCUGACGGAAAUACGCACCCUCUGUAGCUGGGAACUACCACUAGCAUCGCAAGCCCAUCAGUGGGGACAGAGCAGGUUUGUACGCAGCUUCAGAGACAAAGCAACCUAAGUCAGAAGGAAUUGUCAGGCCUCCCUGGUGGCGCAAGGGGUUAAGCACAGGACUGUGAAGCUAUCUGCAGUCACUGCCAUCCCACGCCAGGGAGCUGACCCACAAGGCACAGAUCUGUCUUGUCUUGCCUGCUGCUCCCCUCAGCUGUGUAUUUCAGUGGGUCUGCCCGUUCUGUUCCCCACUGUCUCUGGUGAAUCCUCUCACCCCGGACACCUCUGGCCUGUACCCCAGUACUUGUAUACAUAAAUAAAUC